AUGAAGAAACUGAUACAUCCCCAGGAACUUAUGACUUCUGUGGAGCCAGGAAACACCACUAUAAUGGUGACUGAGUUUAUAAUACUGGGGUUUGGAGACCUCAGAGGAUUGGCUCCCUUGCUCUUCUUGGUGUUUGCCAUUGUCUACCUAGCCACCAUUUCUGGGAAUCUCCUCAUCAUGAUCCUGGUGAGCACGCAGCAGAGUCUGCGGACACCAAUGUACUUCUUUCUGGCAAACCUCUCAUGCCUAGAGGUCUGUUAUACAUCCAAUAUCAUGCCCAGAUUGCUUGUGGACUUGUUGAGAGAGAACAGAGUGAUCUCCGUGGUAGGUUGUAUUAUUCAGCUCUACUUCUUUGGGGCUCUGGGUAGCACUGAAUGUUAUCUUCUGGCAGUGAUGUCAUAUGACCGAUACCUGGCUGUCUGCCGGCCUUUGCACUAUCCAACACUAAUGCAAGGAACUAUAUGUUUGAGGCUAGUAAUUGGCUCAUGGGUUAGCGGCUUCACAGUGGCAGCUGCAUUCCAGGCUGCUAUGGUAUCCAGCUUGACCUUCUGUGAUGGCAAUGAGAUUGACCACUUCUUCUGUGACUUAAAGCCUCUGCAGAAGCUCUCUUGCUCAGAUCCCCAGCUAGUCAACCUGGUCUGCAUGAGUCUAACAACACUGGUGACUCUAGCCCCAUUUGGACUAACCUUAGCCUCCUACUGGAAGAUUCUCUUCACAGUCUUGCAUAUACCUUCCAUGACUGGUAGGCAGAAGGCCUUCUCCACUUGUUCCUCUCAUCUAGUGGUUGUGACCUUGUUUUAUGGGACCUUGAUCCUAGUCUAUGCCCUGCCCUUUGCUGGCCAGGUGCCAAUUCUCAACAAAACUGUCUCCUUGCUCUAUACUGUUGUCACUCCUGUGUGUAACCCCCUUAUCUAUAGCCUCAAAAACAAAGAUGUCAAGGAGUCCCUGAGGAAGCUGAGGGUUUGA